AAGGUGCAAAUGCAAUCAAUUUGGGACUUCCUGUAAGCUGGAUGGGAAAGGAAUUUUGACUUUUCCUUUGCGUACGCGUGAGAGUACGGCUGAGCUCAGCAUCGCUGGAGUGGACUGUGGUUGUAUUGGUGGUGGCUGGAUCAAGUAACUACCAAUACAGGUUGGAAAGGUGAUUACAACAAUCAACACCAAUACCAGUUUGGUGAACGAAAGCGAUCGAUAAUGCGUGAUCGUGUUGUUUAUACAAACAUAGCGUGGGAAAAUGGGAAAGCUUUGGGAUAAAAAUUCAUAAACUACGGAAAACCUUGUGAAAUUCACGAUUUUUUAAGAAUUUCAUGACAAGUGAAGAUCGUUCAAGCGAUCGCAACGAUUUUCAAACAGUCCAAUACGUGAUCGAACGCUAAUCAGCACCAAACUCGCAGUGAUCAUCCGCAUUCCACCGGUCUAAACCAACCUUUUCUCAAAUGUAUUGGUUGAACUCUUCAACUGCGCUGUUCCGCUGUGGACGAGAGACCAUUCGCCAUAUAUUAAAUGCGCAAGUUGAUUUGUUUACAUACUAAUUACUCCCGGAGAAGAGGAAACUAUCGUCAAGUAGCGUUCGAUGAUCGGCCCGUGUGCGAUCACGCAGUGAUUUGUUUAUCUUUUGACGGGGAAUUUUUGCUACUUAGCCACUCCAUACCUACCUAUACGCCCAAAGUGAUCGUGAAAGGUUUCACCUCUGAUGACAUUCCGCAGAUAUCAGCGCGAUCGCGCGAAACGAUCACUUGCCGCGUAGUCGACCUUGGCUGUCGCACAGUCGUCGCUAGAAGUCAAAACACACUGAUCUCGUCAGACUUGCUGGGGACAUCAGCACAAGUGGAUUCAUUCAUAAAGCGACGAAGCUUAUCGACUUCCGUUGAUCUUUUUCGCAGAAAGACUACGCAGAACUGUGUCGUGUGACGAACCAAGCCGGACGUCAUGCUGGAAGGAAGAAAGGGUCUGGUGGUGUGGUUGGGGGCGGCCGUAGGGUUGAUCUGCUUGGCCCAGUUUGCCUACUCGUGUAACGAGAUGGUCUGCGCCAGUAUCGUAUCCAAGUGCAUGCUGACGCAGAGUUGCAAGUGCGACAUGAAGAACUGUUCCUGUUGUAAGGAGUGUUCCGAGUGCCUGAGCUAUUUGUACACGGAGUGUUGCAGCUGUUUGGAGAUGUGCCCGAAGCCGAACGAAACGACCAACGAACUGAGCAAGCAGUCUCACGUGGAAGAGUUGGAAGGCUUCCCGAAUUUGUUCAACGUGCUGACCUCGGAGGAGGAUCCAGAGGAGCGCUGGCGGAUCUACACGUUCCCGAUCGAUCUGGAUGCCGCGAUGUACGGGUCGAAUGCCGAGACAGGGAUGAAGUACUUGAUGCAUUCUAGCGAUAACGACCUGAAACCCCGUCUUGACACCACUUCCAAAAUGACGGUCAACUGCACCGUUGCGUACAUGGCCCAAUGCAUGUCCUGGAACAAGUGCAAGGAGAGCUGCAUCACGAUGGGAGCCACCAGCUAUCGAUGGUUCCACGACGGUUGCUGCGAGUGCGUCGGCCAGACGUGCAUCAACUACGGCAUCAACGAUUCCCGCUGCCGGGAGUGUCCGGAGAACAAGGACCUCGAUCUGGACGACAUACCGAACGAGGACGAGCUGGACUACGGCGACGGGGUCGGACCGCUGGACAAUGGCGGCGUGGAGUCGACGAAUAUCUGAACGGGGGCGGCGGCGGCUUGGUGGGCGGUCGGGACGGCGAUGA